CAAAAAAAAGCUAAAGAGUGAAGUGAUAUUAAAGAAGUUUAUAUACAAAAAAAACAAUAGGAAAAAAAAAUUAACGAAAGCAAAGUGUUCAAGAAACAAUAUUUCUGGAAUAUUUCUAUUAAAAAGACUUUGUUUUCUUCUCGCACGAAGAGAACAUAAAAAAAUAGUAAAAAAAGUUAUUUGCCACAAUCUGCAACUGGAGUGCUCAACCGUCCUAAAAACUAUAUAGAUAUAUCGAAAUUAACAUAAAAAUACAAAAUUAAAAAAAAAAUAAAUCAAAACACUGUUCAUUGUUCGCCGAAAAAAAGUGAUCAAAUAUAAAAGUGAAAACGUAACGAAUUUUUGCGAGAGAUUUACACACGUUUUAAAUAAAUAAAGAGAGAAAAGGAAGCAGCAACAUGCCUUUUAUAUCAAAAGAUUGGCGAUCACCCGGUGAGGCAUGGGUCAAGACUGAUGAGGGUUGGGAGAGGUUAAAGGUGCUGGAAUGCGGUAAACGUAAAAGACUUCCAUCCACUAACGAAGAUAAUUAUGAAAGUGAUGACAACAACGAGGAAACCAUACCACCACACUGCCACAUCACCAUUAGAUGUACCCGCGAAAUAGCCGGUUUUAAUGGACUGGGUGAAGCCGUACGACGUUUAGAUUUCCGCAGUUCGGUGAGAGAUCGACGACGUUUCCAUUACAUUGUGGCACUGCUGCGCCUGCUGGUGGCCCACAAAGGUAUUGCCAAUUUAUCGGGCAGUGCCCAAAAGCAGCUGCUGCAAAUGGUCGAAGAGGUGGCCUCACAUGUUAGUGACAGCCAACAACAUUUGAAUGUGUUACGUGGCCUGGCACUGCAGCUGCAACACAUCGUCUAUCAGGAGAAUCAAAAAUGUUGGGGCAAACCGUUGGGUAGCUCAAAUCUGUGGCAGGAACACGUCGAGACCAUUAAGCGUAUCCAACAGCUAGCCAAUCAAAUUGAAAUCAAGGAGCCUGGCCCUGAAAUACGUCCAAAAUUGCACGAUUUACCUGAAGAAUGUAUACGAGAGAUUAUAUUGCGCAUUGCCGAUCAUCGCGAUCUGGAGGCCUCUGCUGAUGCCUGGAAAAUCAUGUCGAAACUGGUUAAUGAGCAUCGCAUUUGGCGCGAGUUGAUACGUUUUCAUUUCAAUCAAAAUCAAAUCGAUUCGAUUCUAGAAUUAAAUAAAUUGAAAAGUUUAAAUGAUGUCGAGGAUUGGAAGAAAUUCUAUCAUCAGCUGAGGCGAACCUAUGGCCUAAACGAUGACUAUCAAUUUGCUGAGAUUCUGUCGUUGUGUCGCUAUUGUUGCUGCCUGUUUUGGCCCUCCGAUGGCCAUCCCUGUAUUGUCGAUCAAAGUCCGGAUUAUAAGCAACGUUUGGAGGAGGCCGGCAGCCAAUUGACGUUGAUACAGCCAGUGCCACCGGCUCAAUUUUUGAAAUUUUUCUCUUUGUAAAUUUUCUUUUUUAUUGUUGAGGGAGAUUUUUCCGAGGUUGAAAAAUAAUAACCUCCCCAAAACGUAUAUAUAUAUAUCUAUUUUUUAUUUAUUAUUAAAGCUCAUGGUGAUAUAAACAAAUAUGAAAUGAAUACUGACAUAACCUAGAAAAAAAAAAACAGUGAAAAAAAUAUUGGAAAUUAUAUAUGUAAAUGUAUAUGUUAUCGAAGGAACGAACUGAAUGUAAGAGACUUUAGGUAUGAUUUUAAGCAAGUCUUUUCUCUCAAUCUAUCUCUAUACACAAAUAUUUCAAAACAAAAAAAUAUAUAUUUUGAAAAAGAAAAAAAAACUAUUAAUUGAGAAAGUAUUAAGUUUUUGCCGAGAAAAGAUGUUUCUAAAAGUGAUAUAAUAAUAUUGUAUGGAUCAAGUGAGAAUCUUAGAAUUAACUACUGUAUGUGUAGAAUGCAAAUACUGUAAAAAAAAAUAAAACCAAACAACAAAAAAAAAAAAAAAA